AUGGAAGUGGGAGACAUAGCCAACUGUAAUUCCGUUGGGGCUUUGCCAAGGAAUGAACGUCAGGCAAAAUAUCUGAAAGAAAAAAACAGUAAAGGGCGUAUUGCCGAUCCAAUUUUCGAGAUCACGGAAAAGAUGAAAACCGAAGAUAAGAAAUUUACCAGAGGAUACAGCCUGGACGAUGAGUCGCCUAAAGUUAUCCUGUUUAUGGAUGAACAGGUUGAAGACAUUGUAAACUUCUGCUGUAAUGAGGUCCACGGGCACACCUCUUUGCUGUACGUAGACGUGACGUUUCAACUGGGACCUUUCUUUGUUUUGGUGACAACCUACCGAAACACGACACUUUUCACGAAACGCAGUAAUCCACCAACGUGUCCAGUAAUGCUUGGUCCGGUAAUGCUGUGUAUGUUGAAAGACAAGGCUACCUACCUGACUUUGUUUCAAAAAAUCUCCGCCCAAGUACCAGGUUUGCAAGUAAACCUUAAGGGGUAUUGCACUGAUUCAGAGGAAGCGCUGCGUCAAGCACUAGCCCAGGUGUUUCCCAACUCCGCAUCAUUGCUUUGCAAAGUACACGCACAGAAAAACAUUGAGGAAAAAUGUCGGAAACUUCGGUUUUCCCAGUCGCUGACGAAUGAGAUAGUUCAUGACAUUUUUGGCAGUGGGGGUCUAGUAUACGCCGACUCCUACGAGGAGUACAACCAAAAGUUAAACUCGUUGACCGAAAAAUGGGACCGCAAGGAAUUCAAGGACUCACCGGAGGAACUCGCGUUUUCCAAAUAUUUCAGACGCUACAAGGCAGAGGAGAUUUGGAACCACGUUACAGCGAAAGCAUCAAAAAUGCGGGUUUUGAGGACGAAGUACAAGCCAACAACAUUUCAGAGUCAGCAAAUGCUUUUCUCAAACGAUGGCAAGACUUCCAAGCCACAGACAUGGCCAGUUUUAUCGAGGAUUGUAGGGGCCUCAUCACCAAACAGCGACGUGAUGUUCAACGGGCAUUGCUGGGGCUUUCAAGCCCGUAUAUACUGA